CUGGGGCUGUUUCGGAAACGGAUGAAAUCAGUGUGUCCGAUCAUAACGGUGUUAUGAACCGCUACCAAGCGCGAGAAGCCUUGAGGCAAGCGAAUCUGGAAGAACUCGGCUUCAACAAAACCAUCGAGUCCUCCACCGGCACCGACGAAAAUGGCAAGAAGCGAAAAAAGAGCGUACUUCGUUAUCUGGUAAAAGACGAAUGCAGCCAAGCCAAAGCAUGGCAAGAAAAGUUGGAAAAGAAAUUGCCCCCCAAUUUUUUCUCAUCCACUGUCAGUCGCACUUUUGCGAGAGAUGUUAAGGAUAGAGUAAGCGGUCGUCCAACGAAGUACUGUCUCAUUGGUCUCGAGAUGACAUCCACUGUCCCACUAUCUAAAAGGAUUCGUCCGAAACGAGGAUGGCUUAUAAGGAUUGAUAUCAGCGUCGAAAUUGAUUUGAAGGCUAAAAUAAAAUACUAA